AUGAUCAAAGUUGGCCCAGUGAGGGGACAUGGUGGAACCAUUUGGGAUGAAAAGGGACGAGACCAAGUCGCUGGGGUUCUUGUUUCAUACAACAAAAACGCAAUUCUUUCACUUCAGUUCAUGUACUAUGAGAAUGGUAACUUAGUUAAGUCGAACAGACAUGGUGUUGUUUAUAGUUCUGAAAGCUACUCAGCAGUUAUCUUUGAUUAUCCAUCAGAAUAUUUUACUUCGAUAAGUGGUUCUCUUAGCCCGUGCCAAAUGUUGACAUCUAUAAUAUUUAGAACCAACAAGGAUUCAUAUGGACCAUUUGGGACCCCUUCAGCUGGUGACCAAGAGUUCAACAUUUAUAUAGGAAGAAGUUUAUUUGAUGGUUUUUAUGGCAGCAGAAAUGGCGAUGGCAUUAAUGGUAUUGGAGUCUAUGUGAAGAACACCACAUCCUCUAUGAUCAAUUCGAAAGAUCCUCCUCAAGUAAAGGUUGAAAAAGAAGAUGAUUAA